UCAUUCGUCAGGAAGUUAGCCAGUGUUAGCUUGUGUUCUGACAACAACCUUUAACAACUUGUCAAAUAAGAUACAAUACAACGCACGGCCCAUUUUGGAGACUGUUACCUCAUUCUAUGUUUGUCCGUGUCCAGUGGAAGUUAUUAAUAACAGGACUCAUUUGUGGUAACAUGAAUAACAGCUAACAUGAAUGCAACACAACCAGUGAAGCUAACGUGAAUGCAACACCACGCAAACCCCGCAUCGAGAUGUUCCACCACGGAUCUCCAACAUCGUCCAACUGCCGUGUUCGUGUGUUACCAGCAGGCGGGCUCCUCGGUGGACAUGACGCGCAGCGACGACGAGUCCCUGGUGGACGGACCUCUGAUUUCGGCCGACGCCCUCCACUCUGCCAUCAGGAGAGAGUUCCAGGGCGUCCCGACGGCCUGCCACGCCGCCUUGCUGUCCCUGUUCCACGUCGUGUUCGUGGUGCUGUCGGUGUGCGUGGCGGUGCUGUGCGUGCUGAAGUCGGACCAGGAGCAUGUUUGCUCCGGCGUUUUGGGUCCGGUGCAGGGGGACAGCGUGGUGGUCUUCGGCAAGGUGGGCCUCUGGCUGCUGGUGCUCUUGUUCACCUGGUGCAUGCAGCACCACCACAGCCGGGCCCGGUGCAGAGGAUACCUGAGUUUCUACAGGCAGACGCGGGGACUCGAGCACCUGCCCCUCACCGUCCACUCGGCAGGUAAUGUGAUGCUGUUGGUUGUCAUGGCAGCCAGACUGUCUCCCACAGUCCAUACCUACCUGCUGCUUGGCAUCCUGGCCUUGGAGCUUUUGGUGGCCUUGCCCUGCCUGCUCUAUUAUUCAGUCUCAGUCAUGCGCUUCAACGCCGACCGGGCUGCGCCGGACGUCAGCCAGGAGGAUCACUCGCACAACUUCAGCGUCAGCGGCCUGCCGGUGGAGACGGGCUUCAGGGACAUCUCCAGCCUGGAGGAGGUGGUGGAGAAGCAAGCGGACCUGAUAGAAUACCUGAAGCAGCACAACCGCUCCCUAAGCAGGAGGCUCCUCAACCUCAGCGCUCAGCACUGACUCCACGCUUUUUUAAAGACCACUUCAGGGACCGUCGAGAGAGGACCCCCUUCACGGGGAAGAAGAUGCUUACCCUGGCGGGCGGAGGAGGCUGGGACCACCACGGUCGCUAGCAAGAGCAGGAUGAAGGUCUUCAACAGGAAGGGGGUCCCGUGGUUGGUCGUUGAUGCUUUCUCCAGGGUAAGAAUCCAGGACGGCCCCCCACCCCACCAAAGCUGUUGAGUGUCCCAGGAGUGUCCACGGUGUCCAGUGGGGAUUGUGUCCGUGACUCGAGAGAGCAAAGUGACAAAGGUGACUCUUUCCCCCACCGUCUUUAUAUUGGCUUUGGGGAGGGGGGGGGGGGGUUUAGGGGUGGGCAGUCCUCAGCAACCCCCCACCCUCCACCCUCCACCUCAACCCCUUAAAACACACACAGGCAUUGCACAUAUUGACCCCACAUGUAGAGGGGGGGUUCAACUGACAGGAAACCCCCCCACCCCCCACCCCAGACCCCUUCACCCUGUGUGUGUGUGCGUGCGUGCAUGUGUGCGUGCACGUCUAUGAGUGAUUGAUAUACAGUAUUUGAAGAAGCUACUGCUGAUUUAUUUGUAUGCGUGUACCCCCCCCCCCGCAUCAUCAGGGCCUGUGGGUGGUUUUCAAUAGGGGUGGGGGCCAAAGUGGCCUGGAUGAAAUGGGGAGAUGUAUCCAAUUGCUUUGUUGUUUUGUAGUAUUUGACAUAGUAUUUGUAUAGUUAAGUGUUAAUUUGUAGUAGGUUGGCUUUUUUUUGUGUGUAUUUGGCUAGUAUUUUGUAUAUUUUUCUACAAUUGGUUUUUGUAAGACUUACAUUUCUGUUUAACUUUUUGUGUAGUCGACAUCGUUUAUUUGAUUUGAUUAUCUCACUUGUAUGUACGUGUAUGUUUUUGAAGUCUUCCAUUUUUAGUCUGCGUCAAAUAGAUUUUUUUGCAGUUUUUGUGUGUAGUAGCUGUUAGCAUAGCAGGUGGAAAUGCAGAAUGAAAAUAUUAAAUAUUAAGCGGAGGAGCUGCAGCCAUGCUGAAAUGUAAAUGCAUGAUCAAUACCUAGCAUGAUAAGUUUCUACUCCAGAAAAUGGCUGUAACGCUCAUAUUAGCAUGCUAACAUGACUGGCUUAAGACCAUGCAUGACCAGUGGUAGCUGAGUUUUGCCUGCCCCCCCAUGGAAAGAGUGCUUUGGGUUAGCAAAGAAGGUUAGCACGCGCUGAGUAAAGUCUGUCCGUGGAGGCGGUGAGGCUUUAGCUCGGUGUCGCACGAGAGGGCCUCAUUAGCGUGUCUGCUCGUGGCCGGCCGUCUCUCAGCGGGCCCGGCCGGGCCCUCCAUUGAGUGGAGUCCCUGCUAAUUAAUGAAGACAUUAAGAUGAAAUGUCAGCCGUUCCAUGUGAAUGAGGAUUAAGGGAAGCAGCGGGGCGCUAAUGGAGGGCGAGGGGUCCUGACGCUUUGAACAAGCAUCUGCACCCGCAGGAGAGACGCACGGCGGCCCUUCUUCCGUGCCGCUCCACGUGUUUCUCCAACUUCUACGUCUUCAUGCUAUUAGUGAAAAUAGAGAAGAAAAAGAGUGGUGCCGGCUUUGGGACAUCUGGGAAAAGAAGACCACGUCGUGGUCGUGUUUGCAUAUCAGCUGCCUUUGUCUUUUAAAAACUUGUAUUUUGCCCAUUUGAAUAUGCUAAUGAGCGGCCAUUGUCAUUCAGCAGCGGCCGGUACCUCAUAAUGGCCGAGCGGCCGCUUCUGCUUUGGGUCUUCCCUCCGCCAAUGGAAAGCCCAAAGGAUGCUUUAGUGUUGCUGGGAGAAGGUAGAGUCUUGGAAUAUUUGCUCUUCCUGGAGGAUUAGAUGUCUUUAGCCUGCUCAAAUACUCCCCUGCAACACACACACACAUACACACACACACACACACACCUCAUGUGUGACGCUGCUAGAGGACCCACACUAACUUGCAGGCAAAGCAGAUCCUUAUAAUAUUACAUCAUUCAUCACAAGCAGCUUUCCUUGGAAAACAAUAAAUUAAUGACUAAGAGGAAAAGUCAUCAUAUCAUAUCAUAAUAUAUUAUGAGAAACAAACAAUAACAAUAACUACUUUGUGGUCAAAGUGACUUUAUUCCCAUAAUAAAGGCUUGAUGUUUGGUGUAGAUGGAAACACUUGAAGACCACAAAAGUAAGAAGUAAAAAGAUGAAAAUCCGACAAGAAUAUAUUACUUUAUGAGGGCAUUCAUGACAUUUUAGUAGCGUAAAGUUAAAAUGAUAUUUGAAUUGGUAAGACUCGGGGAGACAAGUAGGUGGUGGGAAUAAAGUCAUAGAUGACAUUGGGAAUGGAUGGGAAAUGGGAGCCAUAUUAGGAGGACAUUCAUCUCAUUCUUGUAGCAUAAAUAAGGUCAUAAAGUCAUUACGUUACCGGAAUAAAGUCAUUACGUUACUAACUUGAUAAUCACAUAUUUUAUACUAAUUUGCUAAUCUCAUAACUCAGCAUCUCCUUGUGGCCAAAAUGGUUCCAAAGUUUUUAGUUUUAGUUUGUGUUGAAGCUUUCUUCUCCACCAUCUGAUAAAGAUACUUCCUCUCUGAUAAAACUCUGCAAGAACAGUGAGUCAUAAACAGCCCCCCCCCCCAUAAAAUCACACCAAAAGAGCCUGAUCAUGUUGUUCUAGUUGAUCUCCAAUAAAAAUAAGCGGCACCUUCCUGAAAGCUCUUUAUUCUGUAUAGUUUAUCAUUUUUUAUAAUUUUGUAUAAUAUAAUUUAAACCUUCUACUAU